AUGGGCAUUGGCGUUGGAGGCGUAGAUGCUCUGAUUCCGAUCUACAGCAGCGAGCUUAGCAAUGACGGGCAGCGAGGUAAAGCACUUGCCCAAGAAUUUCAAAUGAAUAUACUUGGGUUGAAUAUGGCUUUCGGGAUUAACUUAGCCGCUACGCGGGCACUGGGGAAAGGUAGAGGUGAAGCCGAGACAGCUACGCUAGAUAUCCACGGUCAAGAGGAGGGCCCGAAGAAAUUUAAGGCGCUGAAGCAGAGCGCGCGAGCAGAAGAAAGCCACAACGUCUCAUAUCUGGAUAUGCUGACGCCAGAACAUCCGCAAUUCCACCCUACGUUCAUUUCGAUUAUGGGGCAGGUAAAUCAAGCAUUCACUGGUUAUGACGCCGUUAGUGUCUAUGGACCUCAAAUCUUCGAGCUCCCGGUAUUCAAAGUUCGACGCCCAGAGGAACUGACUCAGGCCAAUUACAUAUCAUACCUGAUAUUCAUAACACUUUCCUGGCUACUCAUCGAUGCUGUGGGUCGAAGAAGUCUUAUGGUUCUUGGAUCUGCCGUGUUAACGACUUCAUUCCUCCUGCUGGCCCUUUUUGGCGGUCUAGCAAUGAACAAUGACAGUCUCAAUAUCCUCACUUUGGCUGCAGCGAUUCCAGGCAUAUUCACCUUAUUUGUUGCCACAUGGGCGUUCGGUGUGUGUUGGCUGGCGACUGUUUGGCUCAUUCCUACGGAGUUGUUCCCAGCCGCUGUACGCGGAAAAGCUGCUGCAGUGUCGGUGGUAGUAUGGGGUCUUGCGAAUUUCGUAAUCACGUUCCUUACUCCGGUUAUGUUCAAUAAUCUCAGUUUCUAUAUUUUCCUUGUAUUUGCCGCCAGGAGCGCCUUCGCGGGAUUGUGGACCUGGAUUUAUCUCCCUGAGAGCGGCAAUCGCAGCUCUGAUAAGAAUAUCCAAUUCUUUGAAGAUGCCGCUAGAGCUGGGUAUUGGAGGGUGAGUCAAGUUGAUGGUGGCAGAUAUUUGAAGAUGCCAUAUAGUGGCGAGGAAGAUGCUGCAAGAACGCCAUUGUUGAGAAGAGUAGAAGAUCAACUCAGGACUCCAUAG